AUGGAUCGCAACAUAUUUGACGGGCUGCAGGAGCAACACAGCAGCGCCUCAGAGAUGGACCUCUCAGAGGAAGACAACAACCCGUUCGUGGGAACCCAUCACCUGUAUGCCUCUGGUAUCGGGACUGGUAUCGGUGGAGCCCGUCCCACAAACACAAACACAAACUCUCCGCCCUCUUCGUCGUCUUUUCCGACGAGUCCAGUGCAUUCUUCAUCUGCUGGCUCUUCCAGAGCAUCCACCGCCUCUUCUACAUCUUCGCAUGCCGUUGUGGAGGCUGACGCUGACGCUGAGACUGAGCCGUUUGUUUCCUUGUCAAUGUCUACUACUACCACCACCCCCAAGAAUAUUCCUCAUAAUGUGAAUGGACCAGAACAUAUCCAGAUUAUCGAUGCUGGCGAUUUCAAAGACCCCUGGGGGAAACACGCUAUUGGCUAUGUAAUUUUAUAUGAAAACAACAAGAUUAUUAGAAGAUACUCGGAGUUUCAUUCGUUGAGGCAAUCCCUGGCUAGACUGCUGCCUACGAUAAUUAUUCCACCUAUCCCAUCCAAGCACUCUCUCCUCAAAUAUAUAUGGAAUCCCAUAAAUGCCACGAAUGACUCCAAGGUCAUCACCACCAGAAAGAAAAUGCUUAAUUCAUUUCUGUGCAACUGUUUGAACAUCGAAGAGAUAAAUGAUGACAUCGUUUUUCAAAAAUUUCUGAACCCUGAGUUCAAUUGGAAAGACGUUUUAAGCUCAUCGCCGAUAAUAAUCCUACCAUUGAAUAAUCUUUUAGCUCCACCUCUAAGCCCAACAAAACCAAGUCCUUUGCAUUCUAUACUACCCAUUCCGUCCAACUCUUCUCUGAAAAAUUAUAACUUGAUAUGGCAACAACAUAUCACAAUGAAAAGUCACAACGAAGUCUCUAAUCUACCAAUAGAGGUUAUUCAAAAUGAGCCACAAUUUACACAUAUUGAAAAUCUAUUUCAAAACUACAAAAGAAUAAUAGCUCACCUGCUGAAAAAUAUAAGAUCAAAUAAGUCUCAUUUCCACUCGUUAUCCACGUAUUUUGCCGAAUUGGGUGCUUAUUAUAAUGCCUUUAGUUUGGAAAACGAUACCGCCAUGCCUAAUGGUGACGACAAACAUAGAAGAAAUUUAAACAAUCCAAUGUUAGAAAUCAUCGGUCACAUCGAAAAGAUAGGCCAUUCAUUCGAUAUUAUAUACAUAUCUUCAGAAAUUCUAAUUGAAAAAUACAAUUCUAUGCUGGAGGACCCCAUUAACGAAUUGUCACAAUUUCUAAAUGAAUCAUUCAAAGUUCUAAAUUUUAAAAAAUUGAAGUUUUUGCAAUAUAAAAUCUUGGAGAAAUUAAUUAUCGAAAAGGAGACCAAAUUAACCAACCUUACCGAAAUCGAAAACCAACUGCAAAAAAUUAAUGAUAACCUGGCAAACUCCGCUAUGUUGGCAGACGAUAAUAAUAUGACGGAUACGAGGGGCAAUGAGCCAAACGCUGUUAAAAAGGACACAAGGUCGCUAUCCAAGUCAAGUACAAACUCCAGUUCCAGCGGUCACCAAAAUGAAAUUCGUAUAGGAACAAGCAAACUAAACUACAAAACAUCUACACCUACAAUGAAUUUGAACAAACUUGAAAUCAAACAACUAACAGAACAAGAGAGAUCUAAACAGAUUAAACAACUGACACAGGAUUUAACUAAGUUGAAGGAUUGUCUGUCCAUAUGCGUAUCGGAUAUGCUAGAAAUAAACACUUCAUCGUACAAGAGUUUGAUGUAUGCAUAUAAUCACAUCCACUUGACCAUCGCCAAGAUCUUAAAAUUUUUCACAACCAAUUUCAAAGCAUGGAUCAGAGAAUGUCUAGAGAAUUGGAAACUAGCCAAGUCGCAAAUCGACCAAUCAUUAUAA